AUGGGAGGCGCUGCUUCCACUGCCGGCGGGUCAGAACCGCGCGCGUCUGCGUCGGUUCGACCUGAAGAGGAAUGGAUGUUGGAAAAUGUGUUAUUCUUUGAUCCGUCGAAGCAAACGCCUCAGAGAGAAGGAGCUUUAGCUACUUACAAGGGGCCCACAGUGCGGCGGUUUACCCCCAGCCGGGCGAAGCUGAGAAAUCGAAAUUUUCGGGUUUUCUUUACCAUUGAAGGCCGGCGUCAGGAAUACCUCCUCAGGCUCCUCAACGACCCCGUGUGCAGAAUUCUCCUUUGUGAUCGGUCGGGGCGUGAACUUAAGGAAAUACGCACUUCCCACAUAAAGUACAUGCAAAGACAUGACAUUAGGACAGACGUCUAUGUGAAGACGGAAAAAGGCGACACGGCUUCCCUUUCAUUUGAAUUCGAAAACUCUCUCGAGGCGGAACUCUUUGGGGAGUUCGUCGUUACCCUUUUUGGAAUUCAGGUACACUGCUUCGGCAUGAAGGCAGUUCCCAAGGCUAGGCCGCUGGAGUUGAGGGAGAGGUCAAAGUCCAGUGAUGGCUCAGACGGCUACGACUCUGAAGUGGAACGAAGCAGAGAAAAUGCACGGAUGAAGGCGAGAAGGAAGCCACAAGCUCUCCAGGCGAGGACAGGCUGUCCUUUGCACGGCAAUCAAGCUUGUCGUUGUGCAGUGGAGAGGCCGUCGCUAGACUUCUUGAAGAACAAAAAAUACAGCAGCGACUCCUCAGCAGAAGAAGACGAAGAAGCAAUCAACGCCCGUCACGCCUCCAGGUACCCGGUUGCCAUUGAAGGCCCUUGUGAAUGCGGCAAAGAAGUGCGCCUGAACGACUUGGCAGUGCGGAGUGGUGGCCGUUUAGGGGCUCGCGUAGUGGAGUGGUUUGUAGCGAACAGGCAGGGGAAAGAUCCCUCUUUCCCGGACAAGUGCGAGUCUGUGGGGCCUGUCUUCCGGCUAGGGCAUAGACAUGUGGGGAAGUACAUUCAGUUGCGGGCUUCACGGCGGCUGGAGGUGUCUGACGGGAGUCCUUUUGUUUAUUCUCUGGCAGUUAAGGGGCCGGUGACUAUCGACGAUGAGACGGCGAGAGCGAUGCUUCUGAUGCUAACUAAAGUGAGAGCGAAGGGCUUGUAA